CUCCUUCCCUCUCUGCUUUAUUGCUCUCGUGCUUAUGGCGGCGCCCAGCCAGGACGGGAGGAGAAGGAAGCAGUUUGGGAACCGCUUCCUCACCGAUCCGGCUCGCCUCUUCCAGCACAACGCCUGGGAUAACGUGGAAUGGUCUGAGGAGCAGGAAGCCGCAGCGCAAGCGAAGGUCCAAGAGAACAGCACAGAGUUUGUGCCACAAGAUCAGCAAGAUGCUUAUGAGAUCAGUGCCAGCAAGUAUUGGAAUGACUUUUACAAAACCCACGAAAACGGGUUUUUCAAAGACCGACACUGGCUGUUCACCGAAUUUCCUGAGCUGGCUCCAAACCAGAAUGCCAGUACGGUUGUCAUGUGUGUCUCUGAGGCUGCUGCUGCUGCUGCGAGAAACACAAAAGACUCAGGCCUUCGGGAGUGUUGCAGCGAUAGACUUGGUUCACUGGAGAAUGGGAUCUUGGAGCAUCAGGACUCGGAGAUAAAUAGUUGUAACUUCACUCACCAAAUGCAAACAGAAGUGGCAGCACAGAAACUGGAGGAACAAAAACUAAGAGACUUCCCAGGGUCUUAUGCUACUUACAGAAUACUAGAGGUGGGCUGUGGUGCAGGAAACACUGUUUUCCCCAUCCUCCAAACCAACAACGAUCCGGGCCUGUUUGUAUAUUGCUGUGACUUCUCCAAAACAGCGGUAGAGCUCGUCCAGGGCCAUCCAGAAUAUGACACCUCUCGCUGCUUCGCCUUUGUCCAUGACCUCUGUGAGACUGGGACCCCCUUUCCGAUGCCAGACGAAAGUGUGGACGUUGUGGUUCUCAUCUUCGUCCUUUCCGCUCUUCUCCCGGAAAAGAUGCAGUGUGUAAUCAACAGACUUAGCAAACUUCUGAAACCCGGCGGAAUUAUUUUAUUGCGAGAUUAUGGCCGUUACGAUCUAGCCCAACUCCGCUUUAAAAAAGGUCAGUGUCUGGCUGAUAACUUCUACGUGAGAGGAGAUGGCACCAGAGUUUAUUUUUUCACACAAGAUGAGCUGGAUUUGCUGUUCUCCACAGCAGGCUUGGAGAAAGCCCAGAACAUUGUGGACCGCCGCCUCCAAGUGAACAGAGGGAAACAAAUUACCAUGUACAGAGUCUGGAUCCAGUGUAAAUAUCGCAAGCCAAAGGGCGACAAGGAAUCUCUAGGAGAAAGGAGCGGCUUUCAUCCUAGUGGUUGCACGUAGCGAGACUCGGACCUCUCCCCUGGGCGGCUGCCCCCAUUAUGCUGGGGAACUCACUGCAGACUUAGUACAGCAAACAGGACUGCGUGGUGCUUGUGUUAGAGGAACAAAGUUUACCGGCACCAGCCUCAAUACAGAGCAAAAAAUUUAAAUUUGCAGGGUGGGUGGGGAGAACCUUCUUGAGAUGCCAAGUACCUGCAGUUAACUGUAAUGCAACUUUGUGGCUCACAGGCUCGUCCCUGGGGUCUCACAGUUCCUUGGCCUCCUUUCUGAAUCAGAUGGGUUUAUUCCUGCAAAAACAGCACUCCUUGGUUUUGAUGGUGCCUCCUUCUCCUGCACAGUCCUAGCUGGAGGGGCUGCUUCUGGCCACUUACUUGAGCAGGAAUUCCCUUGCCAAAUGGUCAGCUCUUCGUUUCAGAGCUGAACAAACGUUCCUCAGAUGCAGGAACAUGCAACAGACCAAGGUCUCCCAUGUAUGCAGGUCUGGAUGUUUAACUAAAUCUAAACAAGAUCGACAUGGGUUUCAGAGCAUUGCAUCAAUUUCUGACUGCUUCAAGGAGUUUAUGAUAACCACGACUUCUUAUACCUAC